AUGCGAUGGAGGAUAUGGAGGAGGCUGAAGUUGAACGAUGAAGAGGAGAUUUCGAUUGAAGUGCAGAAGAAUAUGUUAGGGUUGACGAAGGGAAAGGGCGAAAGGAGUUUGGUUGGAAAGGUGUUAUCGGAUCAUAGGAUUGGAAGGGAGGUAGUCAGAUCGAUGAUGGAGAAGGUGUGGAAGGUAGGAAAACCACUGAAAUUUCAUGACAUUGGGAGUAAUUGUUUUGUCAUUACAUUCGUAAAUCGCAGAGAUAAGAUGAGAGUUCUUAGUGGUUGUCCAUGGUUGUUUGACAACCAUCUAUUUGUUCUGAAGGAUUUUGAUGGGGAAAUGCAGCCUAAUAAGAUUGAUUUUGAUCAUGCAUGUCUCUGGAUACAAAUGUUGAACUUACAUCUGAGUUACUUGAACAAGGAAAUGGGAGAGUUAAUUGGGAGAUCAAUGGGGGAGGUGAUGGAGGUAGAUGUACAGGAAGAUGGCCUGGCUUGGGGAAGGUGCUUAAGGGUGAGGGUGGAGUGUGAUCUUAGAAGGCCUCUAGCCUGA